ACCUGUUUAUAUAAAAUAUGACAGAAUUACGUUUCAUAUAAAACAGUGGACUAUUUAGGGAAUCCAUGGGACUGAAUUUAAAUUUAGGCUUAUAUAUAAAAUAAAGAUUAAAAAAACAUUUAUUUUAAAAUAAAAAAAAAAAGGUUUUAGGCUAUACAUUUACCCCUUUUUUAAUAGUUUAGUAUUUUUAAUGACAGAAUCAUUUUGUGCAGUAAAAAAGCAAGAUAUAUAUCUUUCGCAUAUAAAAUAUUAUAUUGUUUUAUUCAAGUCAUGCCUAGGAGAGUUUUCAUGAGUUUUCAGUGGGCGAAGGCUGGAUUAUUCAGGGAACCCAUGAGCAGUUAUGGGUUUAUGGUCUAAUUUGUUAGUCAAUUAUGUUCAAUUAGCUGAAAAAGUUGCUGAUGUCCUGGACAGACCAAUUGGAGAAGUUGCGCAAAAGCUUCUCAUCCAAUGAGAGGAGAGAAGGAGGAGUGCGAGAGUAUAGAAACCUCAGAAAAACUUCACUCCUGCCAACAAGUUGUGAAAUGUUGCCAGUUCAUUCACCAGUGUUGAUCGACCGAGGCUUGAGAUUCAAGAAACCAAUAAAUCGAUAGGUUCAUCUGGAAUAUACGCGUAUCUAGACCUCAAAAUCUCCACAAAAGCCAACGCGCGUUACGCGUAAAAUGCGUGCGUAACCGCUCGCUGAUUGUUUAUCUUUGUUUAAGUUUCUUCAGCGAGGAUUUUCUUUUUAAAUAAAAUGUCAAAAGAGCCGGAUAAAACUCCUUCUGGAACUGAAAGCUCAUUUACCGGCGAUGUGGACUCCGAUUCGCCGUCUUCUCCAUCAAUGUCCGACGAAAAUGGCUCGCAGUCCCAAACCGGCGCCGGUAACCAGGCGGACAGCGAGGAAGAUGCCCGUUUCCCCCCGUGCAUUCGAGACGCCGUGUCGCAGGUCCUCAAAGGCUAUGACUGGUCGCUGGUGCCGAUGCCCAUGCAGGGCAGCAGGUCUUUGAAAGACAAGCCUCAUGUGAAGAGACCCAUGAACGCGUUUAUGGUGUGGGCGCAGGCGGCGCGCAGGAAGCUGGCGGAUCAGUAUCCGCAUCUCCACAACGCCGAGCUCAGCAAGACGCUCGGCAAGUUAUGGAGGCUGCUUUCUGAGAGCGAGAAGCGACCGUUUGUGGAAGAGGCAGAGAGACUGCGGCUCCAGCACAAGAAAGACUAUCCGGAUUAUAAGUACCAGCCACGGAGGCGGAAGAGCCUGAAGCCGGGUCAGAGCGAACUGGACGUGGGAGCUGAGAAGAACCAUCAUCCCUCGGAUCAAAUGUACAAGGCGGAAGCGGGAAUGAGAGGGAUGCACCAUCAGCCGGUCCAUGGUGUUCAACCACACGGUCCUCCCACACCUCCAACCACCCCGAAGUCCGACCAGCAUCAAGGCGCGAAGCUGGAGUCCCGGCGUGUGUCGGAAAACGCAAGACACAACAUCGACUUCAGCAACGUGGACAUCUCUGAGCUCAGCAGCGACGUCAUCGGCAGCAUGGGCCCGUUCGACGUGCGUGAGUUUGACCAGUACCUGCCGUUAAACGGCCACAUGGAGAACAACAGCGGGCAGCACUCCAGUCCCGGCUGUUUCGGCGCGUCCUACCACCACCAUCAUCCUCACGGCAGCGCUUCGGCAUGGAACAAGGGGUCCGGGUCACCGUCCGCGUCCUCAAACCAACAAAGGCCGCUCAUUAAAACAGAACAAUUGAGUCCUUCUCAUUACGGAGAGUCUCACGGGUCACCGACCCAAUCUGAACUCACUGACUGUCCCGACAUGCAGAACUCGGCGUACUUCACCACAUUUUCCGGGUAUCCCGCCGGCAUUUAUCAAUAUCCGUAUUUCCAUUCCUCCAGAAGAUCGUACGUGACUCCUGUUCUCAACAGCUUGUCGAGUCCGUCUCAUAGUCCCAGUGCAAGCUGGGAACAGCCGGUUUACACGACUUUAACACGACCGUGAUAACAAUUGGGUCAGAGAUGAUGCUGAGAAUUAUGGGACGUUUGAAUGUGCAAACUAAGUCCGUUUUUGCUUGCCAUUUCAUAGACUUUUCUGCUAAUUGUGACCUUUAGAUUUUCCUAAAAGAUUUUGGAUUGACUUUUCAAUAUCGAAUGUUUUGUGUUUAUAUUACGGCCUGGAUAAAAGUGUGUUUUUUGGAGUGAGAUGCAGCAGACUGUCAAUAUUCAAUCUGAUAUUUAACGCAAUCAUGGAUUUGUCUUGAUGAUAUGCAAUUAAAAUGUAGAAUGAAUGAAUGUGCGAUACCGCCUGAUGUCUUCAUUGUUGAUGAAGGCCGGGUCUAACCGUCAGAAAAACUCGUGCUUUUGUCACAAUUCAAGCUAUAUUUGAAUAUGGGAGAAAUGCUAGAUCAUCUGCGCAAAAAAACGGAGCCUUCACAAAGCCAAGAAUCGGCGAGGGACAGCAGAAAAGAGAGCAGGCUGAUUCUGAAUGACAGCGUCUCAAAGGGCUCUUUGUUUUCAUUAUAAAAGAGGCAUUAAUUAAGGGAGGGAACAAAACAAAUACAAAGCAGAAAAUCAUUACCACUGCCGUUACAUGAAAGAAGAACACAAGAACAGACACUACCCUCCGCUAUUUGGAUAAACAGCAACAAAAGCGGCAGAAAAUGCAUAAAUUGAGUGCAGGAUAAGAGAAUAAGUUCUUCAUGUGUGGAAGAGAGCCAGUGAUUCCACACCAGAUGGGUGUGGGUGGAUUAGGACUUAUUUUCCUUUCACUACGUUUUAUUACAUUGAUGAUUUUGAAGUGGAGAAUGUAAUUAGUGUUGAUAUAUACCGCAUGCAUCAUUUUGCUCGCUGACAUUAUUGGGUCUUAAUCCUGGACAGAGUAAGCACUACAAGAUGAUGUGUCUCCUUUGAUUUUGAUAGUGUACGAAGUAGAGAUGUUAUUGUAUUCAGCUUUUUGGUUUCUGAAAAAGUUUCGCUGAUUUUUUAUUUUUCUGUUGGCAUUUAAAGGGCAUGAUGAUUGUGAUCUCCAGUGCAAGAGCCAAUAAACAAUCACCAAAAAGUCAUGCUGAGCUAUUUAAAAGACCCCCACACAAAGACGACAUAUGACUAUGAUUACAUCAGGUCAAAGGUCAAUGCAUCACACAUGAGGCUGAGUUUUUCAUUGAACUGAUAAUUGAAGUGCCAGCAGUGUUAAAAAUUGUUGUUCUGUAAUAAACCAUUAUGUAUAAUGUUUGGUUCCUCAAUGAUUCAGCGCUUUUGCUUUUGUAGCCAGACCUUCAGUCUGAUGGCAAAACCUUGGUCUGGGAACCUUGGCCACUUUGAAUGGCCAAGGACCGCCCAAGAGGCCAUAUGACGGACAGGUGAAACAACCAGUCACGUUUCGUUUUGUGCCACAUCAUGUUUAAGGUCGUGGAAAUACACGAUGUCACAGCUGUAAACACGACAGCGCGCUUCUUUCAUGAGGGGGUUUGGUGUAACGGUAAAUAACGCAACAUACACGUCUCCUGGAAAUCCUGUAUGAUUCAAUCUGAUGACGGAUUUGAAAAUCAUGAAGUAUUUCCAAUUUUGUGUGCCAUAUGCAUUAUACGUUCAGCCAAC